AGGCACCGCCCCUGCUCCCGGGCCGCCGCUGCCCGCCCCUAGCCCUGGCAUCCAGAGCACGGGUCGAGGAGCCCAGGCCAUGGGGCCCCCUCGGGGAAGCGGCACCAGGUGGUCUGGACGCCCGGAGCGGCGCCGCCUCCCCAUCGGCUAGACGACAGAAGCUCCAGGACACUUCCUGCACCUUCAGACUGCCCAAGAUGCUGCCGGCCAGCCUCCUCUUCCUCCUUCUGGGGGGCGCUCUGGCACAUCCAGACCGGAUCAUUUCCCCAAAUCCCGCUUGUAAGGAGCCCCCAGCGGUGCUGUUGGAAGCACAGGGCACUUUACAGAGGCCCCUGGGCCGGGAGAGCCGCAGCUUCCCUGCCAACUGCACCUGGCUCAUCCUGGGCAGCAAGGAGCAGACUGUAACUGUCAGGUUCCAGAAGCUGCACCUGGCCUGUGGCUCAGAGCACCUAAUCCUGCACUCUCCUCUCCAGCCACUCAUCUCCCUAUGCCAGGCACCUGCCGGCCCCCUGCAGCUGCCUGGGGGCAACGUCACUAUCACCUACACCUAUGUUGGGGGCAGAGCACCCAUGGGCCAGGGCUUCUUGCUCUCCUACAGCCAAGACUGGCUGAUGUGCCUGCAGGAAGAGUUCCAGUGCCUGAACCACCGCUGUGUGCCCUGGGCCCAGCGCUGCAAUGGCGUCGAUGCCUGUGGGGAUGGCUCUGAUGAGGCCGGCUGCAGCUCACACCCCUUCCUUGGCCCGACCCUAGCUCCUGUCCCUGCCCCACCCUGCAAUCGCACCUUGGAGGACUUCUAUGGGGUCUUCUCCUCCCCCGGAUACUCACAUCUAGCAUCAGGCUCCCACCCCCAGUCCUGCCUCUGGCUGCUGGACCCCCACGAUGGCCGGCGGCUGGCGGUGCACUUCACAGCCCUGGAUCUGGGCUACGGGGAUGCAGUACAUGUGUAUGAUGGCACCGGACCCCCUGAAACUACCCGGCUGCUGCGCAGCCUCACCUACUUCAGCAAUGGCAAGGCUGUCACUGUGGAGACGCUCUCUGGCCAGGCUGUCGUGGCCUACCACACAGUUGCUUGGAGCAGUGGUCGGGGCUUCAACGCCACCUACCACGUGCGGGGCUACUGCUUGCCUUGGGAUCGGCCCUGUGGCUCGGGUUCCAGCCUAGGGGCUGGUGAGGGCCUAGGUGAGCGCUGCUAUAGUGAGGCACAGCGUUGCGAUGGCUCUUGGGACUGUGCCGAUGGCACAGACGAGGAGAACUGCCCUGGCUGCCCACCUGGACACUUCCCCUGUGGGCCUACUGGCACUCCUGGUGCCACAGCCUGCUACCUGCCUGCUGACCGCUGCAACUACCAGACCUUCUGUGCAGACGGAGCAGAUGAGAAACGCUGUCGGCACUGCCAGCCUGGCAACUUCCGAUGCCGGGACGAGAAGUGCGUGUAUGAAACGUGGGUGUGCGAUGGGCAGCCAGACUGUGCCGACGGCAGCGAUGAGUGGGAUUGCUCCUAUGCCCUGCCCCGCAAAGUCAUCACAGCUGCGGUCAUUGGCAGCCUAGUGUGUGGUCUGCUGCUGGUCAUUGCCCUGGGCUGUACCUGCAAGCUGUACGCCAUACGCACCCAGGAGUACAGCAUCUUUGCUCCUCUCUCCCGGGUGGAGGCCGAGAUCGUGCAACAGCAGGCACCUCCCUCCUAUGGGCAGCUCAUCGCCCAGGGUGCCAUCCCACCUGUAGAGGACUUCCCUGUAGAGAACCCGAUUGACAACUCGGUGCUGGGCAACCUACGUUCUCUGCUCCAGAUCUUGCGCCAGGAUAUGACUCCAGGGGGUACCUCAGGUGCCCGCCGCCACCAGCGGGGCCGCUCAGUGCGCCGCCUAGUACGCCGUCUCCGCCGCUGGGGCCUGCUUCCUCGAACCAACCCCCCAGCCCGGGCCCCCGAGACCAGAUCCCAGGUCACACCUUCCGCUUCUCCCCUCGAGGCCCUAGAUGGCAGCACAGGUCCAGCCUGUGAGGGUGGGGCAGUAGGUGGGCAGGAUGGGGAUCAGGCCCCUCCACUGCCUGUCAAGGCACCCCUCCCAUCUGCUGGCACAUCCCCUGCCCACUCUGAGGCCCCAGGGCCACUGGCCUCACCGCCCCUCGAGCCAUCACUGCUGUCUGGAAUGGUGCAGGUCCUGCGGGGCCGCCUCCUGCCCAGCCUGCAUACCCCGGGAGCAGCCCGGGCCCUGCCUGGACCUCACACGGUCCUGUCCCCAGAGGACGAGGAUGAUGUGUUGCUUCUGCCACUGGCAGAGCCGGAGGUCUGGGUGGUCGAGGCGGAGGAUGAGCCACUGCUUACCUGAGGGGUCCUGGCUUCCCAGGGGGUUCUAGUCCCUGUGGCAACAGCUUCCACUCCACCCCUUCCCUCCCUGUCCCACAGUCCGAGGGCACUUGUGGGCCUCCCAUUGUCCCUGUGUAGCUGCUGUAAAGUUAGGUGUCCCUCCGGCGGGGAGAAGGCUCACACAGAGCCCUUCUGCACACAGCCAGGACCACGCUCUCCCCGCCACCACCCUUUCCCCACGCUGCCACCAUUCGGGUAGCUGUUUUUUAAAAGCAAAGUGCUUAAAGGGGCAUAGGCCUGGACACUCCAUCCUUGCCAAAGCCUUACCCAAAAGUGACCUUAUGCACCAGGAUGCCAAUUGGCUGGAGAUGUUCCAGCCCCCAAGGGCAGAAUUUAGGCAGGGUUUGAGGUCUUGUCAACUAUAAUCCCUCCUGCAGGGCCUGGCUCAUAGAAAGAGCUCAACAAAUGCAGCUUGUCCCAUAGUUGGGUCAUUCCCCAGGAAGCCAAGGUGAAAAUAAAGGAACCAUAAAUUUAAAAAUUUUUGCAAAUUA